AUGGACGAGACCGCACCCGCCAUGUUGUCAAUGCCUGCCGAGCUGCUCCAUCGCGUGUUCGAAAACCUCGGCAAGCAGGACGUACUCUCAAUGCGCGCUAUCUGCACCACGUUGGCGGAGUUUGGCAAGGAGUAUGUGCUACGAAGCAUUGUCGCGAUCUACAAGCGAGAUAGUUUCGAGCGUGUACUUGAGGCAUCCAAGCAUCCAUACUUCUCACAGCGCAUCAAAACAUUACACUUCCAGGCAGACAAGUUUGACGAGAAGCUCUCUUAUCGGAAGUGGAAAGAACUCGUUCAAAAGCACCUCAAUGGCCAGAAACACAUUCAAGCCAUGGAUGCCUACAUGGAUCAACACUCCGACGGACCUUGGGACGAAGAGAAGCUACAAGCCAUGACCAUUGCCAUGAAGAAUGACAUGCCACUGUUGAACGAUACACUGCCUCGGAAAGAGCUCGCCGCGUCGUUUGAUGCAUACUGCAAGUUCCUCGACGACCAGGACGCAAUGGACGAAGAGAACCUCGCCACCGAUUGCCUCACACAAUUGUUUGAAAGAUGUCCUGAGCUGGUCGAGGUCACUUUCAAAACUGGACCUGGUCAGACAACACAUUAUGAGCUGGUCAAAAGAGCCUUCCGUGAGUGCCGCGAAAGCCCACAUGUCGACGAUCCGGCCAGAGAGGGUGUAGAUCAAUGGAUUCGCCUGAUCGAUGCAUUGUCCGUGUCGAAGAAAGCACUGAAGAGCUUGACAGUGUGUCCGGCAUCGUUCAACAUAGUGAAUGGCUUACACUCGAGAUCGACUAUGAUGGGAAUCAUGAGCACUCUCGACACGUUAAAAUUGGGCAUAGACUGCUUCUUCGACGACAAUGCAGACGAUGAAGAGGAGUUCUUUGAAGUGGAAGAGGCAGCACGCGAGCUUAUUGAGGAAGGAGAACUCGUUCACUGGUUGUCUGCGGCGAAAGGGCUUUGUAUGUUGAAGCUGAGAAUGCCUGCAUUUGACCUAUCAGAGUCGAUCUGGACCAAUUUGAGCUGGGUCGUCGGAGACACAGCGUGGGACCACUUGACUGAACUAUCCAUAUCCACUGUCGAGACUAUCGAAGAUGUCCUGGUAGAGCUCCUUCUUCGCCACAAGACCACGCUCCGCCGCCUCUGCCUUAGCUACAUUGACCUUUGCACCACCGGCGGCUGGAAUUCCGUAUUCACACGUCUAUCAGGCAAUCUGCCCGAACUACGUCGCAUCGCGCUUCCUGGUCCCUUCAAACAAUAUGGCGAGACUAUAUACCACUUCUCCACCUUGAGUUCCGAAGGCGAGAAGAUUGAUGCUUUGCGGGACCACAUAGAGGACAGAUUGCUCAACGGUGGGAAGUUGCACUUCCCUUUCAGUGAAGACGAAGCAGCUGAGUAUGAUGCGAUGCUCAGGGAUGGACAUGAUGGCAAGUUGUGCUCUGAAGUGCCGGGAUACUCUCCGCCUCGCAAGAACGGCUUCCAUGAAGGUGAAGAUCACGAUGAUGAAGAGAUUGAGGAUGAGUUCGAUUACGAGUAA